UUAUUGAACCGAUCUCGAAUUAUUUUCCCUCCAACCUUCUUUUACCUGUUGGGCACUCUUAAAAACCUGGAAAAGUGGAGUUUUCAUUUCGGAGCUCCGGUGUGACCAGGGGAAUACAAUUGGGCAUGCUCAGUAGGUUGGCCUGAUUUGGAACAAAAAUUUGUCUUGAAUGAGGCUUUCUUUGCGGCGUGUUUCAGGAUUGGAUGCAUCUUCAUUCUAGCAUUGUAUUGGGAGAUGGCAGCCGCUCCCACCCUUCAUUCUUUUUAGUGUCCUCCGUGUGCCCAGUUUUGGAGUCAGCCUGCCUGGAUCUCCUGGCCAAUCAAGAGAUCACACAUUGUUGCCUAAGAGACCCCGGGCCAGCGAAAGGAUUUAUAGAUGGUGAUUGGACUACUGGAAGUAGGCAGGGUGGGCUGGACAGAGUUGAAGAAAAAGCAGCUAUGGCAACACCAACGCUUGAGGCUUGAAGGAGGAGACGAGCUAAAAGAGGUGUAGUUUUUCUAAUGGAAGAACAUCCAGUUCUAUCAUGAUGGCAUUUGCACCUCCAAAGAGCAUAGAAGGUCCCAAAAUGCAGACAAAGAUGAGUACCUGGACACCCCUGAAUCAUCAGCUUUUGAAUGACCGGGUAUUUGAAGAAAGAAGAGCUCUGCUUGGAAAAUGGGUGAGCUGGCACUGGAAGAACUUAACUGAGCUGGAUCGGCUCUGGAUGCCCAAAUGUUUGCGGUUUAACUGGUACCUCGAUUUCUCUCCGACUCCCUUUGAGCAGGGUAUAUGGAAAAAGCACUACAUUCAAAUGGUCAAAGAACUUCAUGUCACCAAGCCUAAGACACCUCCAAAGGACGGGUUUGUGAUUGCCGAUGUUCGACCAGUUACAAGCAGCACUCUAGAGGAAAAGCGGUCUUCCUCAGCGGCUUGCCGGUCCUCUUCCUCAAGAAAGAAAAAUCACCCAGGGGAGAAAGAACUCCCACCCUGGCGAUCCUCUGACAAGCAUCCAACCGAUAUCAUUCGUUUCAAUUACCUGGACAACUGUGACCCCGUCGAGCAAAUCUGGCAAGGAAGAAGGAAAAGGCAUGAAGUGACCCCAGACUCCAGCCAACAGUCUCACGAUAAGAAAAAUAAAUUGCAGGACAGAUCUAAGCUAAGAAGAGCACAGUCACUGAUAUCCCUAAGUGCAGCGCCCGGCUCCCAGCCCCGAGCUCCAGCUCCUCCCGCCUGGCCGCCCUCUCAGGUAGCGGGGCUCCCAGCCACCGAAGCAGCGAUGAAAAUCCUCACGCAUCACCUGCAGAGACACUCUGAGUUUCAGUCAUUCCCCAUCCAGGCUCCAGAGCCAAAGCUAGUUUAAAUACUGAAGGGAUUUUUAUAGAAAUGGUGAGAAGCUCUCUGGCCAUUGGAGAGUGGAUGGUAUUGGCUUCUCUAUGAGAAACUUACAGCUUAGGUACCUAAUCGUGAAAGCGAGUCCUCCAGUGGCCGGUGAAAGGCAUUCAUGGGGUAAGAGCUGACCUCAUUACAAAGUUAGGCAGAAAUGUGAUGAUGGAUAGAACCACGGGGUUGAUGAAGGGACACGUCAUACACUGUUGGGUGCAGGAGGCAGGGUCCCUGCAGAGUGCAGAGAGCACAUUCCCAAGGCUACCCGAGCAGUUUAAUGAUGGGGCUAUUUGGCAUUUCAGUUUGCUAGGGCAGCUGCAACUACAUACCAGUGUCAUAGUCGUCUGGGCUGCUAUAGCAAAAAUACCACAGAUGGGGGGCUUAUAAACAACAGGCACUUACUGUCUCACAGCUCUGGAGGGAGGAAGUCCAAGGUCAAGUUGUCAGCAGGGGUGGUUUCUCCUGAGGCCUCCCUCCUGGGCUCUCUGACGGCUGCCUCCUCCCUGGGCCUUCACAUGCCCUUCCCUUUGUGCAUGUCUGUGUCCUGAUCUCCUCUUAAUAAAAGGACACAAGCCAUAUGGGAUUAGGGCCCACCCAUAUGACUCUUUUAACUUUAAUUACCUCUUCAAAGACCCUAUCUCCAAAGACAGUCACGUUCUGAGGUCCUAGAGGGUUAGAUUUCAGCAUAGGGAUUUGGGGCCUGUUGGGGGGGAGAUGACAAUCCCACCCAUAAUGCCCACUAUGGGUGGGGUUAAAAGAUUCAAAAUGAGAUGGUAAAGCUCCUGUCGCCAUCAGAGGAAGCCUUCAUCACCCUUUGGCCUGGAGAGGCAAAAGGAAAGGGCACUUGGGUGCUGGAACCCAGGGGGAACUGCAGCCACAGGAGAGGGGCACCCAGCAGGACGUGUGCCAUUUGGUGGAGGAGUGCAGCCACUCGGGAAACCAAGGCCCGCAGGGCGGGAAGAGGGGAAAGGCCCGACCCUUGGAUAUUCCAACUGUGUCUCGCUUUGGUCAAACCCAUCUGGCAGUCAGAGAACAGCGAAGCCCAGGGAUGCAGCUCGUCGAUGCCAGGCUCUGAGGCAGGUAGCGGGGCUGGGAAGUACGGCCAGAUCGGAGGAGGGGCAGGAUAUGCAUGGGACAGGGGGGCAGAAGCAGCGCAGUGGGGGAGAACGUGUACCUUUCCAAAGGAGGAGUCAUGAUAGAUAUUCAAGGAUGUAAAUGGGCUUUAAAGAGAUACUGUUAAACAGAAAAUGUUACUCAGCUGCAAAAACAUUAGUCAUAUAUUCUGAACUAAACCGCCUACUCAUAUAACCAUUUCAAGGUCCCAGAAGUUCCCAAUCUAGGAUACUUAUUUCCCUAAGUAGAGCAGAUAGAAAAACAAAUGUGUUUAUUAAUCGUGUAAUGUUGAACACUUACAUUCUUAUACUACAUACUGUAA